CGAUCCCCGCGGCGGCGGCCGGAACCCUAGAGCCGCUCGCGGAGGCGCUCGACGCGGCGAGGGAGCUCAUGGGGUUCUGCGGCGAGGGGAGCAAGAUCUUUUUGGUCCUUGAGAAAGACACCGUAAUGAAAAGGUUUCAGGAAGUAUCUUCUCAGUUAGAACAAGCUUUGGGUCAAAUUUCUUUUGACGAUCUUGACAUAUCAGAUGAAGUUAGAGAACAGGUUGAGCUUGUGCAUGCUCAACUAAAGAGAGCCAAAGAACGAACUGAUAUGUCGGAUUCAGAGCUUCAUACUGAGUUAUUAUCCCUAUAUAACAGGACCAAGGAGGUCAACAUAGACCCAUCGAUCCUUGAAAGAUUAUCAGAAAAGCUACACCUGACUACAAUUGCUGAUCUCAAACAAGAAUCGCUAUCUUUGCAUGAGAUGGUAAUUGCCAGCGGCGGCGGCGAUCCGGGAGAGCAGAUUGAGAAGAUGUCGAUGCUGCUAAAAAAGAUCAAGGAUUUCGUGCAGACACAAGACCCUGAAAUGGGCAGUGUAGCAAAUCCGAAAUCUCUGCUUCUUGAUAGGAAGCAAAAAACUGCAGUAAUUCCAGAUGACUUCCGCUGUCCUAUAUCCCUGGAUUUGAUGAAAGAUCCAGUAAUUGUGGCCACUGGUCAGACAUAUGAGAGAGCAUGCAUUGAGAAGUGGCUAGCUUCAGGCCACAACACAUGCCCAACCACGCAACAAAAGCUGGUUCACACCUCAUUGACCCCAAACUAUGUUUUAAGAAGUCUCAUCGCCCAAUGGUGUGAAGCGAAUGGUAUUGAACUGCCCAAGCGACCUUGCCAACCUAGUAAUCCUACCUCUUCAUCAUGCUCCUCAAAAGAACAUGCUAAUAUACAUGCUCUUCUCCGUAAGUUAUCUUCUCCGAAGCCCGACGACCAGCGAUCAGCUGCUGGGGAGCUGCGUCUCCUGGCCAAGCGCAACUCUGACAACCGCAUCUGUAUAGCCGAGGCUGGUGCAAUCCCCUUACUGAUAAAUCUACUCUACACCACCGACUUACGGAUCCAGGAACAUGCUGUUACUGCCCUUUUGAAUCUCUCCAUCCAUGACGACAACAAGGCAGGCAUAGUUUCUUCAGGGGCCGUGCCAGGCAUUGUCAAUGUAUUGAAAAACGGCAGUAUGGAAGCACGGGAGAAUGCCGCUGCCACUCUCUUUAGCCUUUCAGUGGUGGAUGAAUAUAAGAUAAGAAUCGGGGAAUUGGGGGCCAUACCAGCCCUCGUGUCGUUACUAAGCGAAGGGACUCAGCGUGGGAAAAAGGAUGCAGCAACUGCCCUUUUUAACUUGUCCAUAUAUCAGGGGAAUAAGGGGAAAGCGGUUCGAGCGGGUGUCGUCCCACUAAUAAUGGGGCUAUUGACUGAUCCAUUGGGUGGCAUGGUGGAAGAGGCUGCGGCGCUGCUGGCAGUGCUGGCAAGCCACCCAGAGGGGAAGACGGCAAUUGGGGAGGCUGAGGCUGUGCCAGUGCUUGUAGAGAUGAUUGGAAUGGGGUCAGCAAGGAGUAGAGAGAAUGCGGCUGCUGUUCUUUUACAUCUUUGCUCUGGGGAGCAGCAACUCAAGUAUUUAGCUCAGGCACAGGAGUGUGGGAUGAUGGGGUCACUAAGGGAGCUAGCAGUGAAUGGCACGGGGAGGGGAAAGAGGAAAGCGGUGCAGUUGCUUGAACGAGUGAGCCGGUUCGUGAUACAGCAGCAAGAGGAACAGGCUCAAAUUUUGACUUUGGCUCAAGCUGGGACUCAGUUCGAUGUCCAUGAUCAAGUUGAACAUGCAGAGCAUCCAUCUUCAGCAGUUCUUAUUGAUCGGUAACAUUUGUCUCGUCGCAUUGUUUGUACACAUUCUUCCUUGUGGUUAGGAGGUUUGAUCUCAAGAUAAGGUGGUAACCUACCUGCUCUUUAAGAUGUGCUUUUACUCUGUGUUCAAGUUGGAAUGUGCUAUAUGCAUUCUUGAAUAGAUGUGCCAAUGGUUGUCCAUCGGCUGGGUUUGGAGUGUAACAUACACAAGUUGUGGUGGUGUAUAUUUAGUUUGGGAGUACUAUAUGUUUAUUGAACGGUCGUCAAGCCUAUUACUUGUAGCUAGAAUUAUUAAACAUCUUUGUGAAUGCAGUUAUUUGUGUUCUGUUAUGUGUGUA